UUGUUCCGCUCCGGGUUUCGUGAAGCUCCGGAGGAAGACGCGCUCGGAGCUGCUCCUCAGGCCGCCUGGAGCGACGUGCUAGCCGGGAGAGAGCAGCAUGGGCCUCCUGGCCCGGGCCCGGAAGGAGUGGUUCAUCAUCGGCAUCGUGCUGGUCAUCCUGGCCGCCAAGCUGGAGCCCCGCUUCGGCGUCAGAGGCGGGCCGUUGAAGCCGGAGGUCACCGUCGCCUACGUCGCCGUCUCGCUCAUCUUCUUCAACAGCGGCCUGUCCCUGAAAACAGAGGAGCUGACCAGCGCGCUGCUCCACGUCCGCCUCCACCUCUUCGUUCAGUCCUUCACACUCGUCUUCUUCCCGCUGGCCAUCUGGCUGCUGCUCAAAGUGCUGGCGCUCACCACCAUCGACCAAUGGCUGCUCAGAGGCCUCCAGACGGUGAGCUGCAUGCCCCCCCCGGUGUCUUCGGCGGUUAUUCUCACCAAGGCCGUCGGCGGCAACGAGGCGGCGGCCAUCUUCAACUCGGCGUUUGGAAGCUUCCUGGGCAUCGUGGUGACGCCGCUGCUGCUGCUGCUGUUCCUGGGCUCGUCGUCCUCCGUCCCCUUCUCCUCCAUCUUCUCUCAGCUCUUCGUGACCGUGGUAGUGCCGCUGGUCCUGGGUCAGGCGUGCCGCGGUUUCCUCCGGGAGCGCCUGGAGCGCCGGAAGCUUCCGUUCGGCGCCGUCAGCAGCGGCGUGCUCCUCAUGAUCAUCUACACCACCUUCUGUGACACCUUCAGCCACCCCGACGCCGAGCUGGAGCCCGGCAGCCUGCUGCUGCUGGUGCUCAUCAUUUUCUUCAUCCAGCUCAGCUUCAUGAUGCUCACCUUCGCCUUUUCUACCAGGUCGGGGUCCGGGUUCAGCCCGGCAGACACCGUGGCCAUCAUGUUCUGCUCCACACACAAGUCCCUCACGCUGGGUGUGCCCAUGCUGAGGAUCGUGUUCGCGGGCUCCGAGCAGCUCUCCCUGAUCUCCGUUCCUCUGCUCAUAUACCACCCGGCUCAGAUCCUGCUGGGGUCAGUGCUGGUACCCACCAUCAGGAGCUGGAUGAGCAGCCGGGAGAAGAUGAUGAAACCUCAGAGUCUUCAACCCAUCUGAUGAAGACGAGUUCUGGCGGAGGGAUACGUGGCGGAGGGAUACGUGGCGGAGGGAUACGUGGCGGAGGGAUACGUGGCGGAGGGAUACGUGGCGGAGGGAUACGUGGCGGAGGGAUACGUGGCGGCUGGAUACGUGGC